AUGUCGAGCCGACUACUGGCUCUCUUCAUUCCCCUUCUUGGGCUUGUCAACUCGGCACUUUUACCCAGAGACGGUGAUGUCGCAGUGAACAACCAAUGGUUGGGUCAUGAUAAGAUUAUACCCUUGCCUGCCUUGCCCGAUGACGACAUCAUGGGUGAACUAGAGCAGCAGUUUUCGCCACUGCUUUAUUCUUGGCACGGAUGCAUCCCCUAUGCUGCAGUUGAUGCCGACGGCAAUGCCGGCGAAGGACUGAAGCCGACGGGCAAAAGUGGUGGCGAUUGCCGUGAUUUCAAACAGGCUGGUCAGACUUACACGAGAGUUGGUAAAUCUCACGAUAGAUUCGCCGUUCUCUACAGCUACUACCUUCCCAAGGUCAUGGGAGAUGCUGAGCAGCAUCGUCAUCACUGGCUUACUGCAGUGGUAUGGCUUGCCUUCCAAAAAUGCCCGGAUGAAGCUAGAAGCUUUUCCCCUCGUGGCAUCAGCUAUUCCACGAGCCCCGGCCAGUUCGACACGAAGCGAACAACUACGCUUUAUGUCGCUAAAGACGGCACUGGGCCCGCGACACAUCCUCUCGUCACCUAUGAUGCUGGCCAAAUUCUCUUUCCCUCUGACGUCGGACCCAGCGGGGCUUUGAGUCCUCCUCUCGUUGGCUGGCACCGAUUGCCACAGCGAACGAAAGACCAGUUCAACGGCAUCAAAUACGAGCACACCAAGGUUCCCUUCAGCGAUGGGAACUUUCAGGCCUACCUGGAUGCAGCUUACAACGAGGCCUUCUACGACGGUGUCUCAACGGCAAUGGAUUGUGGAUCUUUAGACCCCCCGCAGUCCAUGAUCGACCCAGACUUGGAGGACGUGCCUCCUUCUGCCGAACCUACAGCACCACCUUCCUAG